CUUUAGGUUUUAGUCUACAAUCGGCUGCCGCGGCGGACGUACGUGUCAUUGCGCGCGCCUCCGAUGUUAGUUUACGAUUACGACAUCGCGUUUCAACUCGAACUUUUACCGUGACAGUGAAAAUAAAUUUUUCGAAUAUGGGUUAAACGACCCCACCGACGAAAUGAGUCCGGGCGAGCGCGCCGCCCUCGGGCGUCGCGAGCACCCUCGCCCUAACUAUGCUGCCACCGCACCGGGAUUUCCGCCACCAUACUACCCGCCUUACGGAGUGCCGCAUCCCAACGCAUGGCUAGGGGCUCCCCUUAUAUCCAUGGCAGGUCGCACGCAACAACAGAGGAACACGCCUAUUUCAAAGCUUGCCAUGCACGCUCAGGGCGCUCCCCUUAUCAUACAAAAUAGGCACGAUCGACGAAAGUACACAACCGUUCCAGAACAGCGUAAUCAUCGGCCGCUCGGAUAUUCUGAACAUAACAUUACUAGAGACAAUGGCGAAGUGUCUGAAGGAUCUAGGCCACGAAAUCAAUUACAACAGUCGCGUUCGAAUCGAACUGGACGUAAUAAUAAUACAGACGCGGUCAGCGUGGCCAGCGAUGAAAGUUCCGGCUCCACAAAUUCAGAAACCAUGUUGCCACGCAUAAUUAAACCUAGAAAACGGCGUAAAAAAGAUAGAAAACCCAAUAACAUUGUCCCGCACGAUAUCUCCAACUCCGGACUAGAACUGGGUGAAGUUGAUCAUUGCGCUGGUACAAAUAUGGGAUCGACGCCGCACGUUUACGAGGAAUCUUAUUGCAGAGAGGUGUCAUUACCGUAUCGUUUAGAUGUGAAAGCACUAGGUUACCCGGAUCCAGUGCCGGAGACUUAUAAAGUUACUGCGUUGGGUGAGGCAUUAGAGGCUACGCGUUUUGGUUUAACUGAGGCAGUUUCUCCCUCCGAAUCUGCUGUGAGCUCGUGUCAGUGCAGAUAUUGUGAUCCUGUCGGACAAAUUUGGGAUGCUGAUUCCAUUGCACACUUACUGGAUGAAAGUUCAAGUGGCGAUUUCCCACCUACAAAGUUAGAGGAGUCUAUGAAGGUAGUAGGGCCCUUAGGAAGAAGAGGUGUUGACACUAUUCUGCGACGUAGUUGGAGCGAUCCAUCAGCGCGAGUCCCUGAACGAAGGGAAAUUAAUAAUAUCGAAACUUUGUCGGCUCCUAACUUAUAUUCCUUGUUUCCGCCAUCAAAAAGAACUAGCUCCCCUGAGCCAAGGUCACCACUGGCCUUAGAAAUAUCAUCGGAGAUUGUCACCUCAAUGAAUGGACAUCGUGACUUAGAAAUAAAAUUGUUUUCCACUUCGCCUCCGGCAAUGAACUCUGGGCGCCGUUCUUUUUUCGACGAUAACAGUGCAAGUGUUGUUAAAACAUGUACGAUAAAAGAAAAUGAGCUAAACAGUGCAGUGGACAGUGAAACAACAGUGUCUGGUGCGAACGGCGUUAAAAGUGACAAUGUGGACAAGGGAUGUUUGCCGGCGUACGUUACCGGCGAGACCUCUCGCAACAAUUGUGAUCUAGCCUUAGUUUCUGCCUAAAGCCCUUGUGAUCUUUGUAUAAAUAACAAUAAUUGGAUGCGUGCUAAGUCCGGUGGGCUCUACGCUCGCCAUUUGAGCUGGACUCAAAUUGUCACAGCGAGAGGCAUGCACGGAGCGUCUCACGACCCAAUAAAUUGAGAUCUCCGUAUUGUUUCCUGUAGAUUUUAUAAUUAAUUUAUUCCUUAUAAUAGAGUAGGAAACGUACAUGGAACUUUGUCUGGUCAGGUUAGAAAUUAUUAUAUAAGUGGGCUAAAAUGUUUAGUUUUCUAAAGCUAGGUUGCCGUGACACGUGCGCAAUUAGCGUUUCACACUACUGACACCGUUGUGCGAGUAUUGCGGUUUCCCGCGGUUUUCUCCGCGCGCCGUUCCGGGCGGCGCUUCGUGCACAUCAGUUCACACUGCUAAUUACCUUCUGAGAUUCUUGUGGCUUACUUUAUCUAGAAAUUAUUUUUACUGUUUUAGUCGUUUUCCGACUAUAGCUAACCUAUUUAUUCAUAAUAUGUACUAUCUAUUUACGAUUAAUAUAGAAGCAUUUAUUGAAUAUGCAAGUUGUCAUUGAAACUGUUUCGUCAAGUGAUAUUAAAUUCAUCAUCAUUCACUCUUUAUAUUCGCAUUUUAAUACAUAAAUCUUACAUUCCAUAAUAAAUCUAUAUUGUUUCUCGAUUAUAUGACGUAGUCGGUUAGUUAAAGUUAUUAUCGCGUCGAUUUCACUAAUAUACCUAAUUAUGGUAUAAAUAGUUAUACGUUUCUUACAUCUUCACACACAUCACUCACUCAAAUAUAAGAUAAAAAUUUAUUAUACAUAUAAAAUCAUGUCCUAAUUCCUAUGAGGUAACUUCUCUCCUUUCGGGUCCAAUGCUUUAAAGCCAGAUGAAGUUCCAUAAUAUGUAGAUAAUGUGAAUAUAUUAUAGAAAUUAUCGUUGUGUUUUACGCUCCAUGGGAGUUCAAUUCUAUUUCAGCAUCGCGUUGUUCGCUUAUUGCUCGCGCGUGCGUGGGAUACAUUAUCUUUUUUCUUUACCAUAGGCUCGACGUAGACAGUUGUAUCUGUAAUUUCUAACCUAUAUAUGUUUGUGGAUUUAUCACUCCUAACCGAUAUUCGUGAUUUCUUAUUUUAAUGAUACUUUUACGUCGAACCAUUUGAAUGCGGAGUUGCGUUUUGCAAUCGUAAGACUCAACGAUACAAUGUAAUUUUAAAGAAUAGGCUAUGUUUAACUUACUGAGUGAAUGCAUUUUAUACAUGAAAUUAUAUAGUUCUACGAUUUUGUUUGUGUACGUCGUGAAGCACGAGUUACACGCUUGCACACUAUUUUUGUACAAUAAAAUACCAUCAUGCCCUUAA